ACUCUUCUUUAAAAGUUUGAAAUCAUAUAAUUUUGUUUGUAACUAUUUUUGUUAUAUUUUUUACAUUAUCUUCAACCUAAGCCUGAUUGUCAUAAAGCUGAAGAGUCUGCAGUGAAGAUGGGCCCUGUCAAGCCACCUCCGGAGCAGAAGCCUCCACCUGACCCUGAGGCUGAGCUCAGCAAUGCUGUUAGGAUGUUCAAGAAGCUAGCGCCCCGUUGCAGCGUGGCUCAGCGCGCGAGCGGCGCGCCGCAGCUGGCGCCGCAGCAGAAGCAGCUCAAACUGCUCGCCGACGAGAUGAAGGAGAUACUGCUGUGUAUCAACAUGUCCAAAAAAGGCAUGCACAAGACCCUCGACGCCCGCACUCAGCAAGGCACGGCGGCCGGGGUCUCUCGCUACGAGCAGCUCCACGCCACGCUUCGGGACGAGAGGGCCCAGUUGGACGAGCUGGACUGCCUCAACUACCUGGCGCAGAAGCAGCUGAUAGAGCUGGUUAAAGUCGUGCCUACUGGCGCUGAUGAGCUAGCGAUGAUAGAGAGCGCGAACCAGCGUCUCCGGCGCAUGGAGAACCGGCUGGACCUCGCCGUGAAGCGGUUCUGCGUCGUCAACGCGGACAACGCGCAGGUUCGGCAGGAGAUCAACAGACUCUUGGUGGAGAGAAACGACUUCAACACACAGUGGAACCGCACCAUCGGCAAGCUGGUCCGGGGCAAGGAGUACAUGAUGGACCUGCUGGAGAUCGCCGCCGCCACCUUCGGCGACCGCGACGAGGCCUGCCGCAAGCUCGACGCGCUCAAGUGGAAGGGACUGUUCCAGCUCAAUAAGGAUAUUUCUGAAAUGCAAUCGUACGAAGGAGAGAUGAACCACCUGGCCAAGCUGGAAGAGUUCCUGCGAGUGAAGGGGACCAAGAGGAUCUGCGAGGCUGAUGAGAAGGAGGAGCUCAGGAGGUUGGAGGAGAUCAGGAGGUGCGAAGAGGAGAUUGCGAGACACGACGCGCUGCUGGAGGCUAUAUUUCAAUACGCCGGUACAUCGUCAGUAUCUGAAAUAAUCUCCACAUUCGAUCGCAUGGAGAUUGAGAACUUCUCGUGUUUCCUGCUGCUCUGUGAACUGCUGCAAGAGUCCAUCGUGAUCAGGAAAGAACUUGAUGCGAUCAGACGAACCAUCAUGGACCAACGCGACAUAAACGAGGGUCGCGAGGCCAAGCAGGCUCGUCGGCUGGAGGAACUGCGGCUGCAGGUGGAGGAGUCCUCCGCGCGGACCGCAGCCAUGAGGGAGAGCAACAAGGCCGCUGACGUCACCAUUGCUAAAGCGCUGGCGGGAAUUGAUGAGCUGGUCAGAAUGGCCAAAUGUGACCUGACGCCGCUGCUGGCGCUGCUCGGGCCGCACAAGCAGGUGACGCGCUGGAACGUGGACCGCUUCCUCGGGAUCCUGGAGGUGGAAGUCAAGGGGCUCAUUGAAGUGGUGCAUACGACUGCCAAGCCGCCGCCCCCCUCGCCCCGCGCGCGCCGCGCCUCCGUCGCAGCAGCCAAGCGCACCUCCUCCGUCACCGUGGCCGUCAAGCCCGUGGGUGACCCCGUGGUGGUGCCGCUGAAGCCGAACCCACUGGAGAAGCUGAUGCCGUAUACGCCUUGCGCUUAUUGCGUGGAAGACUACGUGCUGAACCAGGUGUUCGAGACGCCGGCCGCGCCCGCGGACCGUGAGUACGUUGAGGCGGUGCUGCACCUCGACGAGCCCAACACCAAGUUCGGCAUCUACUCGCUCACUAUACCCGCAAAACGGCACCCGUUCAGGAAGAAGGAAACACAGCAACAAUAAAGCAAUUCCAGUUGUAAUAACUAGAACAGACAAAGAAAGUAACUAUUUGAUUCAUGCAUUUUAAUUAUGUUUUUUUUUGUAUAAUAAAGCCUGUUUUCUUAA